GUUAUCUAUUGUCAUAUAUCCUCGAUGUGUUUGUCACCAAACCGAUAUUUUGCGGACUUUCUGAUCAAGGGGUUUAUUGGGGGAUGUUUUGUUGUGAUGCUGUAUCAUUUCAUGGUGGUCUAUCGACCUUUAAUUACAUGUACACAAAACCCCCUCCGGGCCGGUUGUAGGCUGUUGUUUGGUUAUUUUCUAACUAUCUAAAUUCUUGUGAUAUCCAUAUGCAUGCAAUAACCUAGCUAACAUUGUCAUUUAAGCUGAGUGAACCAAACACUAGCGGCAAUAAUGUCUAACAUGGUAAUACUUUGCACGCAAUUACGAAGGCAAUGUCUCAAGUACUAAUUUUAAUUAAUUGACUUCGUGAAAGCUAUCAUAAAUUACAGUCACAAAUGGCAUCAGCAAAGUCAGCUAAAGUCAGGGUGAAGAAGAAUGCCCCGGUCCAUUCUCGUGGGAUUAACGAACUCUAUGUGGACACAACACAGCCCUUUAAUCAACAGGUGGAGAGAGCAUGGCGUAUUUUAGAUGAAGGGAAGCUUGACCAUGUCUUAGUGCACGGAAUUGGACCUGCUAUACAACGUGUCAUUAAUUUGGCUCUGCAAAUCAAAUUACGAGGAAAUGGAAUGUUUGAUGUCAGUGCAACAACUCACACUGUGCAUCUUCAUGAUGAUUUGACUCCAAUAAAUGACGGAGAGAGUGGAUUGGUUACUUCGCAGACUCGAAAGAAUAGCUCAAUAUCAAUUAAGAUUUUUAGAACACUCAAUGUUUCAAGCUGAUGUGAUUGGAGACAUUUCACAAAGAAUUGCAGAUGUAAUGUUAUCAUAUCAAGUGCCAGUGCGAGUGUUAAUGAUUGUCUGAAAUGUUGCUUUUUGGUUUAAAAAGCUGUUAAAUUAUUAGAUUAUUGGGUUGACUUCAAUAAUGAAUUUCGUUUUUACUCCUUGUGAGAUUCAUAAUUUAUUUGAAUUUUAGUCAUAGUGUGUCAUGGAAAUUGUAUUCUAAGUUGUUAUAAUUAUAUUAAGUCACUUAAUAGAUCUUUCUAGACUACUUAUUAUUCUUAACUUACGAGUUUAAUUAUCACCACAAAACCCAUUUUGGUUUGUCGAUUAUCUUAGUUGGAUUCUUAUGUGUAGCCAUCUCUAUAUCACGAACAAUAUACUUUAAAUACACAAUAAUAGUAGGGUGAUGACAGUUGCAGCUGAGGAGGAUGGAGUUAGUGAGGAUGGUUUGGACUAUCUAGCAUCACUCUUUCAAAAUGCAGACUACAAACAAAUUAUGCAGGUUCACUCAAAGAUUCAAGAAGUGGAGAGGUUACAUAACACAUGUAAGGAUGCCAAAUCUAAAAACAAUAACCUACUAAACGAACUGAAGAAUUUGAAUUCUCCCUCUGGCAAGCAACUCUUCAAUGUCUUGUCAUCUGCCUCAAUGCAUGGAUUGUUUACAGUUCAUGAUACGAUAUCGAGGAAGGAUUACGAACCAAAGUUGCCGGCAAUAAGCCCCGACUCUGACAGUGAUCUCGAGGACGAACCCCACAUCAAACUUAUCAGAAUAUACAAAUCUAGACAGGAACUAGGAGCUACAUUAAAACGGGACGAACAGGGACACAUCCUAGUCGGCAGGAUAAUGCACGGCAGUCCGGCUGAUAAGAGUGGUUUGUUGCAGCCUGCUGACGAGGUAAAGGAGAUUAAUGGUGUAAACGUGAUCGGGAGAUCUCUGGACGAUGUGGCUAAGAUAUUAUCCAACACCGCUAACGGGUGUCUUAGUUUCAAGAUAGUCCAGGGUAGAAACAAUACCCUUCACAGUAACGACUACGAAUCUCACUUGAAAGCGAACUUUGAGUACAACCCCAGUAUGGAUAGAACAUGUCCGUGUCCAGAAGCUGGACUCGCCUUCAAGCGAGGAGAUAUCCUGAAACUUAUUUCAUCAGACGAUAAGAUGUGGUGGCAGGCUAGUCUUAUCAACGAUCCCGCCAUGAGGACAGGUUUAGUACCCAGUAGAGAAUACCAAGACAGACGAAUAUCUCAAUCCGGGACGAGUGAAGACAGUUUAUCUUCGUCACAGAGUAAAGACAGUUCAAAAAAGAAAGACAAUAAAUCUAUGAGCUUCAGAAGAAAGAAGAAGGCGAAGAAGAUGAUGUUUUCCUCCGCUAAGUCGUUGGAAAAGGACGCAGAAACUAUGCACUGUUACGAAGAGGUGUGUCUCCACUAUCCGGACCCUGUCAGCCCGCGCCCUAUUAUAAUGGUGGGUGCGCCAGGAGUUGGGUGCGACGAGUUGCGCCUGCGCCUUAUCGGCAACAAGACAGCACAGUACGCAUCUCCCAUACCACAUACUACCAGGUCUCCUAAACAACACGAGAUAAAUGGACGAGAUCUCGUCUUUGUUACCAGACCAGAAAUGGAACGAGGUAUAAAAAGUAGGCAGUUUAUAGAGCACAUGGAGUAUAAAGGACAUCUUUACGGAACCACAUUUGAAGCGGUGGAAAUGGUUCAGCAAGCUGGUAAAUCCUGCAUCCUGCACCUCCAACCUCCUUCUAUCAAGAAACUGAGAGAGAGCAAGCUCAGACCGUAUGUUAUCUUAGUGAAGCCGCCCCCCUUCCAGCGGCUACAGGUUACACGGCGCGAUCCUUCACUACAGUUUAGACUGUCCGGGGUAAAGGAGUUCAAAGACGACGAACUUUCAGCGAUGAUACGAGUAUCAGAUGCAAUAGAGAAACAUUUUGCUAACCUGAUAGACAGAGUUCUGGUAAAUGACGAACUUCACGCAGCGUACAGAGACUUAUUAGAAGUGAUAGAAAAUGUAAGGAACAAACCUCAGUGGAUAGCUGCUUCAUGGGGUUGAACCCCAACAGUCAAUAUAGGGUCUUCACUGGCUCUUCAGAUACUAAUGGCGAAGUAGUUAAAAGAAGGAAUGAGAGAGAGAGGCUGACAAGGCCAUCAAAUCUAAUAUUCUGAGGGUUAAUGAAGAAGAGGUUCCGGUGGUCAAAGAAACUGAGAAAUUUUUGUAUAUUUUAUAGAAAAUUUAUUAUCAUGAUUA